CGAUGAAUCCUGCACAGCGUAAGCGUUAUCGUGACCGGGAUAGAUACUUGGGAAUGACACCAAUUCAAAGAGAAGCUUAUUUACAGAGGAAUCGUGAGUACAAACGAGCUAAACGAGAUAACAAUGCAAGUGGUAGUAGUGCAAAGUUUAUAACUGGGCAAACAAAUAUCCAGUCAAAUAUGUGCCACCCAGAUAAUGGACCUCGCGGCACAGUUAGUCAGUCUGGAGUAUAUGCAUCUUCUACUUCUCUUGAAUAUCAAGCUGCAGAUAUUGCAUUGAAAAAUUGCAGUCAACGUAAGCGGCAACGUGGCACUAGCUGGUACUCACACUUGAAACCUGAACAAAGAGAAGCAUACUUACAAAGGAAUCGUGAGUAUAAGAAAAGAAGAAAGUCUCAGUUAGCAGGUUGUAGUAAUCCACACGAUAAGACUGAUUGGGCAGGUUGCAGUAAUAGAAAAAAUAGAGCUGGACAAACUGACAGCUUGCUUAGUCAACAUACUUAUAUGGAAGUUCAUGACCAUAUGGUUUCUGAAUCUGAAGAUGCAAUCUACGUCCCAGUGAAUAUUUUUCCUGCUAACCAAGGUAAUAUCAGUGAAAAUGGAGAUGACAUGACACUUGAAUAUGGGCAAACCCAGGACAUGCUUGAAGGCGAUGAUGAAGAUGAUGAGAGCUAUAUAUUCUGUGGACGAGGUUCUGAAUAUGCGUCCUAUCAAGAACCAAGCCGUGAAAUUCAUGAAACACAAGCUGAUCCAUAUGAUCACAUAUAUCAGAAUUUACCAAGUGGUAAUCAUGUCUUGGAUGCAGUACCUAAUUGCAACCAUUGCGGCGCAAAAAGGUUUCAGUAUGAGAAACCAACAUUUUGUUGUAUGGGAGGCAGAGUCAUGAUAGUAACUCCAAGUGUUCCUGACGAACUGCGUCGAUUGUACACAAGUGAAGAUCCAGAAGCUAAGUUUUUCCAAGAUAAUAUACGGUACUUCAAUUCACACUUUUCGUUUACCUCUCUUGGUGUUAUGUUAGACCAGCGAUACUGCAAUAAAAGGUCUGGAGUUUACACUUUCCGUGCACAAGGUCAAAUGUAUCAUGGAAUUGACCAAUUGGUUCCAACAGGGGAUGGCCCCAAACAUCUACAACUAUACUUUUAUGACACUGAUCUGGAUUUGCAACAUAGAUUCCGACACUCCCCUAAUCUUGAUAGAGUUCUAAUCAGAAAGUUGACGCACAUACUUUCACAUAAUAAUCCUUAUGCCCAAGCAUUUCAAAGCCUUGGUUCAGUCUCAAAUCUCGAUGAAUAUCGAAUUGAGCUUAACACAGACAUUUGUUUAGAUCAACGAGUAUAUAAUGCACCCACUACGUCACAAGUAGCAGCAAUCUGGGUAGAGGGAAAUAAUCCACAAGGUCACUUUGAGAGGAGUAUAAUUGUAUAUGGUAAAUCAGAUAAGCCACAAUACAUAAAAGCAUACCAAGGUUGCUACGAUCCACUGUCAUACCCACUUUUCUUCCCGAAUGGGGAAGUUGGUUGGAACCUGAAUAUACCGAAAGUUGGAAAAAAUGCAACUCUUAAAAGCCAUCAAGUAAAUGACCUCGAUGAAGAAGAUCUGUAUCAAGGGUUGGUUGAUAGUGUUGUUGCUGGUGAGACCCGUGCAUGCAUGAUUGGAAGGCGCAUUGAUGGAAAUUGUAGAUACCACUAUCCCCGCCCAUUUUCGGAGGCCACGUUGCAAGGAGAUGACUCAUAUCCAAUCUAUAGACGCAGGGAUGAUGGUCGUCAAGUGCGCAUAAGGGGAGCAGUUUUGGAUAACAGAUGGGUUGUUCCAUACAAUCCAUACCUUCUUAUGAGAUACAAUUGCCAUAUCAAUAUUGAAGUUUGCUCCAGUAUUAAGGCUGUUAAGUAUUUAUUUAAGUAUAUAUAUAAAGGCCAUGAUCGUGCUUCUUUUAUCCUAGAAUCUGCGGGAGAUACAGUUAUUGAUGAAAUCCGUCAGUACAGAGAUGCCAGGUUUAUAUCACCUCCUGAAGCAAUAUGGAGGAUUUUUUCUUUUAAUCUCAGCGAGAUGUCUCCUCCUGUUCUACAAUUACAACUUCACUUGCCAAAUAUGCAAAUUGUUCGUUACAAAAAUUCUGACAAUUUGAAGAAUGUGAUAGAUGCAGAAUCAUCUUCCAGGACGAUGCUAACUGAGUAUUUCAGAAUGAACUCCAUUGAUAGUUAUGCUAGAAAUUUUUUAUAUAAGGACUUUCCUGAAUUUUAUAUAUGGCAAAGAAACCACAAGACAUGGAGACGCCGUACGCAAAGGAUUCAAAUAGGUAGACUUGUGGCUGCUCACCCUGCGGAAGGCGAGCGAUAUUACCUGAGAGUAUUGCUAAACCAUGUCAGAGGGGCUACAUCUUUCAGAGAUUUACGUACUGUCGAAGGUGUUGUUUAUUCCACAUUUAGGGAGGCUGCAGAAAGGAGGGGUCUCAUUGAAGCUGACAAUAGUAUUUCUGAUUGUCUCGCGGAAGCUGCAACAUUUCAAAUGCCCUAUGCACUUAGAAGGCUUUUUGCUACGGUUUUGGCCUUCUGCGAGGUAACACAUGUUCGUGCAUUGUGGGACAAGCACUUUGAAGCCAUGUCGGAUGAUUUCCGUAUGGAGAGCAUGAGUAAUGAAGCAAUUAGGCAGAGGGUGCUUAGAGACAUUGGAGAUUUGCUGUACUCAAUGGGGAAGGACAUUAGGAUCUUUGAUCUUCCUGAUCUAUUGGAUGCACAUGAUUUGGAAAGCUUGGAGCAGAGAGAACUAGCUGAUGAGAUAUCUAUUUCGGUUGAUAGAGAAGACUUACGGUUGUGUGGAACUUUAAAUAGCGAACAACAACUUGCCUUUGAUGAGAUAAUGAACCAUGUUUUAGAAAAGAAGGGUAAGGUCUUCUUCGUCGAUGGUCCGGGAGGUACAGGAAAGACAUACCUUUAUAAAGCCUUACUCGCUAAAGUGCGAUCCAUGGGACUAAUAGCCAUUGCAACAGCAACAUCAGGCAUUGCAGCUUCUAUCAUGCCCGGUGGCAGGACUGCCCAUUCGAGAUUUAAGAUACCAAUAAAUGUUCAAGAAGACAGUAUGUGCAACUUCAGUAAGCAAAGCGGAACAGCAGAAUUGCUUCGAAGAUCGUCUUUAAUAAUCUGGGAUGAAGUUGCCAUGACAAAACGACAAGCUGUCGAGGCACUUGUUAGAACCCUGCAAGAUAUUACAGGAUGUGGAUUGCCAUUUGGAGGAAAGGUAAUAGUGUUUGGGGGAGAUUUCAGGCAAGUACUCCCUGUGGUCAGACGUGGCAGUAGGGCGCAAAUUGUUAAUGCUACUCUUAAAAAAUCCUAUCUCUGGGAGGGUAUGAAGCAAAUUAAACUCCGACACAAUAUGAGAGCACAAUCUGAUCCAUGGUUCUCUGAUUUUCUCUUGAGAAUCGGAAAUGGUACGCAAGAAACAAUUGGAGAAGACUAUGUGCAACUACCUGAAGAGAUAGUUAUAAGUUACACAAAUUCAAAAGCCUCGAUUCUUAAGUUGAUCAAUGAUGUAUUUCCUUCACUUAAUCAGAAUGGAGGAUCAUCAUCUUACAUAAGUGCCCGUGCCAUUCUUUCCACCAAAAACGUAUAUGUUGAUGAAUUAAAUGCAAUGCUCAUAGACCAAUUUCCUGGAGAAGAAAAAAUAUACUACAGUUUUGACUCAGCAGUGGAUGAUACACACAAUCACUACCCAUCUGAAUUCCUCAAUUCUCUCACACCUAAUGGUCUUCCUCCUCAUGUUCUUAGAUUGAAGAUCAAUUGUCCGGUCAUCUUGCUUCGGAAUUUAGAUCCAUCUAAUGGGUUAUGCAAUGGCACGAGGCUUAUUGUUAAGGCAUUUCAAGGUAAUGUUAUUGACGCUGAGAUUAUUGGAGGACAACAUUCUGGAAAGCGAGUUUUCCUUCCACGGAUCCCUUUGUACCCUUCUGAAGAUGAUGUACUUCCGUUUAAAUUCACAAGAAAACAAUUUCCUAUUCAUCUUAGCUUUGCGAUGACAAUCAAUAAAGCCCAGGGUCAAACCAUUCCAAAUGUUGGCAUCUACCUUCCGGAACCUGUAUUUUCACAUGGUCAACUGUAUGUUGCUUUGUCUAGAGGGAUAUCACGGCAAAUGACAAGAAUUCUUGCCAAACCAAACAAAGAUAUCGACCCACUGGAGAGAAGUACUAAAAAUAUUGUCUAUAAAGAUGUUUUGAUAUGUUAAAUGUAUUAUAGGCGGAGUGAUGUGCUACAAUGACCAAGGAAGAGUCCAAAUUUGAACAAUUUCAGCCUUCUUGCCACAUCUAUGGCAUGAUCAAUUAUGCAAUGUCAUUAUCAAUCUUUCAGUUGCAUGGUGUCCUCCUUCAUGUGCGUCACAUCAUCAGUGCCCAAACUUUCUGUAACUGAAUGUGUUGUCUCUUUAUGUGGAUGAAUAC